UUUGCUGGCACUUGCCGGUCCCUGUGAUGUCCCUAGCCCAGCUCUUUUGACUUCUGGCUCUGGGCUUGUUCCUCGGGCGUGAAGGCACAUAUAUUUUGUCCCACUUUUUACUGAGAAGUUUCCAUUCAGCUCCCCGUAAUUCACCGCUGCACCCUCGCCACCUUGGCUGACCCCACCCCAGCUCCAUCUCUGCCAGUCAGGAGACGAGAGAACGUGCCACCCUCAGGCCUCGGCAGGGCGCCCGCUAGCGCGGCCGCUGCCCUCUUCCCGAUGACAGCAGGGCCGGCCCCGCGGCUGGCGAUGGGCCUGUCCUCCCGCGGAGACGAGGGACGCUGCCGACGCCGCCCGAGAGGACUGGCCUUCCCCAGGGUGAGUUCCACGGCCGGCCGGCCCGGGCAGACGCCCAGCUAGCGCAGCGCUUUCCGCCGCCGUUUGUCUCCCGUCUCUUCCCGUUCGCCGGAGCAGCUGCUGCUGCUGCGCAACCCUUCCCCGCCCGCCCGCUCGCUCACCCCAGCGGUGUCGCCUCCUCUCAGCCUCGCAAAGCUCGGCCCGGUAGCCAUACAGAACUGAAGAAUCACAAGUUGAAAUGAGUAACCAAGAGGCUGAUGUUCUACGUUGCUGGAGAUGUAGAAAAUAUGUAGCAAAUUCUGUUUGCCUUGAAAAAUCUCAUAAAAAAGAACCAUCUAAUACAUCUCAACCUUCAUCUGCUGCACAGGAGCCUUGCAAUGUAUGGCACGUGAACUUAGAAGCAAUUCCAGAGUGGGUGAAAUGUGUCAUUGAAAAGGCACAAUGGACAAUUGGAAAACUGCACUGCCCAUUCUGUGAAGCACGCUUAGGGGGCUUUAACUUUGUUUGCAACAAAAAAUGUUCAUGUGGACAGUUAGUAAAUAUACACUUCUGCAAAAGUCGGACUGACUAUCAGCCAGCUUUCUCCGUUAAAUUGGCAAAAUCACCAGGGAAGCACUUACCUCUCCUCAAAAUUCACUCUGGCUUUAGCAAGGAUACCUGCCAUGAAGUGGUAACUGCAAGUUUGGAAAUCAAAAAUCAAGGGCUUUUGUGCAUGGCCAGGAAUAAUAAUUGUACUGGCAGAUUAACAGAAGCCCUUUGUCUAGAAGUGAGAGCUCCCAGUUUUGAGAGAAGUAAAACAUUUCCUUUAAAUCAAAAGAGAAGUAUUUCUGCUUUCUAUCCUAUGAAUGAUGCAUGGACUGUAAAACCUUUUCACAGAAGAUCACAUAGUUUGGAUUUAAGUAUCAGAGAGAGACUUGUUUUGUCACCUGCAUUAUAUGAAACAAUUUACCAUAGCCAAAACAAAAAUCCACCUGUUUACCCACAAAGUGGCUUGCAGUUAGAGUCCAGUAGGAAAGAUGUUCAUCCUUUGAAGGACCUGUCCAGUUCCAGUGCUGACAAAUUACAAAAAAGGUUUCAAGUUACUUCCUUUACCACAUUACUACAUAAAGAAACAGAGAGUGAGUGUGAUUUUGAAGCUCCUGGACAAUCUUCUGGAAAUGCCAUUGCUGAUGGGUCACCUUUUGUGAUGAAUCUUCCUUCACCUACAAGUGCUGUGGAAGAGGGACAGUACACCACACCUGUUGAUUUCCUGCAACCUACAAGUAUUUCCUUCAACCAAAGGCUGAGUAAGAGAGAAAAAAACAAUUUGAAAAGCUUGAGAAGAAAACAAAGACGGAGGGAACGGUGGCUACAGAAGCAAACUGCAAAUGAUAACCUGCAUACAGAUGAUGAGCAUGACCUCAGAGGAGAUAAAGAAAACUAUCUCUGUGCAGUGUGCCUGGAUGUUUAUUUCAAUCCUUACAUGUGCUAUCCAUGCCACCACAUCUUUUGUGAGCCUUGCUUAAGGAUGCUUGCCAAAGACAAUCCAGCCAGUACUCCAUGUCCACUGUGUCGCACUACAAUUGCCAGAGUCUUUUUCCAAGCAGAACUGAACAACUCCACCAAAUCUUUUUUUCCUACGGAAUAUUUGAAGUUAAAAGAAAAUUUUCAAAAAUCAAAUUCUGCAAAAUGGCCUCUACCAAGCUGCAAGAAAGCCUUCAGAGUUUUUGAAGGUUUCCAAAGACGUUCAGAUACUGUAACAAGGAGGCAUUUCCCACAUGCUGCUCACAGAAUGGACUACAUGGACUUCGAGGAUGAUAGCCGUGUAUGGCGGUUUGAUAUGGACAUGGUGAUAAUCUACAUUUAUUCAGUCAACUGGGUAAUAGGAUUUAUUGUUUUCUGUUUUCUUUGUUAUUUCUUUUUCCCUUUUAGUCUGUAAUAAUCACAGCUAUGGAAAAAAGCAGUCAUGUGAACCACAAUAAUGUGAAUAGAAAAAACUUGAAGAAGGCAAAUGCUUGAUACUGCAUUUUUGUCAUUCAGAACUGUAAUAGACUGCAUCAAGUAUUCUGUGAGGCUAUUUGAUACUUGUGCUAUGUGUGACAAAGUACUUGAGUUUGGUUGCAAGUAUAAUGUGAAUUCUAGAUAGUACUUAAUUUAGUGGGAGUUUUGCCUCAAUUUUGGUGGAAACAGGGUUUACCCCUAAUGUAUAAAAGAAUUACUCUGUAGAAAUAUGGAAUACUGUUCUUAGGGGGAUUCUGUCUACUGCAAAAGAAUAUGAUCCAUAGAGUCAUUUUGGGGUUUGACUUUAUGUUGACACACUUUGCUCGCUCAUCGAUGCUUCAAUUCCUCAUACAUCAAAGCAAUAAAUAUGCUUCCCAUUUAUAGUCAGAUCUUUAGGGAGCAGGGAAUUAUAAGCAGUGCUGGACCAUGCAUUAACAGACAUUUAUGACAGCUAUUUCAAUAGCCCAGAUCCUGACGAUUGAUAGACCUGUCAGCACUCUACUGUGGAAAUAUGCUGUACUCAGUGCCUGCAAUUUUGAGCCUAUUAACCAAAAAAGAAGUGAUUCUGCACAUUGUACUGACAGUUUAUAUUUCAGCAAAUGGCAAUCAGAAGGAAUCAAACAACCCCAAGUCCUACACAUUAAAGGGACCAUUUUUGUGCAGGUUUCCAGAGUAGCACUGCACCUUUUCUUACCCAUCCAGAUGAAUGUGUGUGGAUCCAGCAAGACAGCUAAUGGAGGACAAGCAGCAGGCCUCCUGGCUAUGAUGAUGUGAGGCACUAACCCAGUAAAUAUUGGAGAAAGGAGCGUUCUCCAGUGUAAGAGAUCAGUACCAUUAUUGAAUUGCUGUAACUAUUUGGGGAUACUCUCAAGUGUGGGCUCACCAGGACUAUGCAUCUCCAGGGAGAUCACAUAAGAGGACACAGUAUUUAUUUGCACCUUUCAUGUGAAACAAUUCUAAAGCACUUUAUAGUUACUCUAUAUAGAGAUUGCUGAGAUACAGUAACAAACUGCAGCCAGAUCAGCAAUCAUUCUAUACUUGCUGCUUUACACAGUAUUUCAAAUGAAAGUGAAAGAGCAUCUAUUAAAUGAUAAAAAGGACAUUAGAAACUAUUGUGGGAAUAAGGUGCUAAAACAUAGUACUAGAGGCUUACUUUUCAGGAAGGUACAAGGCUAUUUUUAUUUCUAAGGGCAUGACCCUACAAAGUACAAUGUGGUUUCAUCUUGAAAAGCAUGUGAGUAUAUGUAUGUAUCUGGUAUGAGGAUUUGUGUGGGAGACCUGUGGUUUUUCAGUAGGUGGUGUACUCCCCUGUUCUAGCAGAGAACAAGGAGAAAUGUGUUGUGGAAGGUGCCAUCUGCCAAAUGUGAUGGAAUGAAUUUGGGGAUUUUAUUAAGCAUGUACUUAUGCUUCUUUACUGGAGCAAGGCCAAUAUGGUCAAUCUCUUAUAGGCUAUAAAGGGAUUAGGACCAGCAACUUUUCACUUAACCUGAAAAACAGCAGUAAAUCAGCUACUAAUAUUUAGUUUUACUACAGGCUGCAUAAAAUAAUCUCUUUGAGAAUAUAUGUAUCAAAUUAAAAAUUACAAGUCUAACUAUGCUAAUUAGACUAAAUAAUUCUUGGCAUCUUUUUAAAUAUGUGUGAAUUUACAGAUAUAUAACAAUUGAAAUUCACCAUCACCACAUAGUCAUGUUUGUGACAGUAAUGCAUUUUCUGUAAUUACAGUAUUAUCUAGUUACUUUGUCUCUAUCUAAAGAUGAUUGUCUCUAUUACUGGUGGCAUUAGGCAUAACAUUUUAAAAGCUUUAAGAUUGCAUUAGAGCAUUCGGUGAUUUUCCCUCUAUGUUGAUACAAACAAGUCUUUUAAAAGCUAGGGGUUUUAGGUCAUAGGCUAAUGUUUGCUUCAUGCAUAUGUGUAGGUUUGUAUGCUGAAAUAUUAUCAAUAAUUUUAAACACCUUUCUUAUAUAUGCCAGGACUGGGAUUUUAACUGCAGUUUUCAUUUGUCUCUCUAAUUUUAUGAAUUUACUGCUCCUGUCUCAGCAAAGAGAAGGACUGAUUCACCUGUUAAGUUGAAAUUGCUUCUACCUUUGAUAUCAGAAAAUGCUAAAAUAAAAAUAAAAACGUCAUGAAAAAUUAAUUUAGCUGACAUAGUCUGAAAUUCCAGUAACAAUGUAAUUUAAAAUUAUUUAACCAGGAUGUCUGAUAAAACAGUAUCCUUCAGUAAAAUAUUCUAAAAUAUAUUGAGACAUAAGAAACAUAAUAUAGGUACUAACUAAUUAGAUAAGAGUUACUCAAAUAAUUUUUAACAGCACAUUACUAUGGUUUUAUUUUGAAAAAGGCAACAAAGGAGAGUAAAAAGUCCAAUGUAAUAUUGGCCCCUUUUGUACAGGAAGAAUUGAUGACACAGUGGCUACAUUUUCCUAAAUUUAAUAGGUGUGACAAUUUUGUAUGGCAUUUCUAACUCUGUAACUCUGCUUUCUUCAAAGCCUAAACAAUAAACUGUUACUUGGACUAUAUUGUUUUAUUUUAUAUUGAUUUUCCAAGAGAUAAUUAAUUUUAAAAGAUUACAAAUGUACAUAAUGAAGACUUGCAACUCUGGGAGACAACCUCCAUGGGAAAAAAAAAGCAUAGAGUGGGUUGUACUUUUUUUUUCUUUAUUGCUUUUUUGAGAUACAUACUUUUGUAAAAAUACAGUAACAAUUUGAAGGCUUAGAUCUGUUUUUUCUUGAAGUCUGCCUGUAAUAUACUGUCAGUAUCUGUGGGAACAAGAGCAGAUCUUUUGUAAGCAAUUUUCUGGUUAAAUUGAUCCUGCUCUGAUCUGCUUGUCUUUCUUAUCUACAAUACUAUUAAAAUGUUUGCAAUAAAAUUUGAGUUGUUUGUAGUAUUUUGCAGUCAUUUCACUAGAUUUUGUGUGGUGGAAUUAAGCUUUAAUAUUUUUUUCAAUCA